AUGCUCUACAAGACCUACACCUACGAAGCCCUCGGGAAGGAGCUCCAGGAGCUGCGGCCGCCGGGCGCGGGGAAGGACGGCAAGGACUGGUUCUCGCUCCAGGAGCUGCAAGGCCGGAUCGCCAAGCUGGCCGCCAAGGACAAGGACACGCGGUUGGGUGGCCAGUUCGAUGCUUUGAAGCAGAGCAUGAGGAACAUCGAGAAAACCGAUAAGCAGAAGGCCAUCAGAAACAUGGGUGGAAUGUUUUCGAUUGCAAACCUUACUGGGAACCCGAUACCGGAGUACCUGAGUCAACCACCCCAGGAGGAGUUGCUAGAGAGGUAUUUCCAUCCCGACCACAUGUCAGGCGAAGAGAAGAUGAAAUUGGAGCUUCAGAAGGUGAGGGACGAGUUCAAGAUGUCCGAGAACGACUGUGGUUCUGCAAGAGUCCAAAGUUUUUUUCCCCACAUUCUUCUGUAG